AUGUUUGCUCGCAUCUUUAACAUCAUCCUCCGGGCCGCUGAGCUCGGCUUCUCCAGCAUCGUUGCUGGUAUCACCGCCUGGAUCCUCCACAAGUCCAACAGCCAUACCCCCGGUCUCGGUCGCUUCAUCUACACCGAAGUCAUCGCCGCCCUCGCAAUCCUUACCUCCCUUAUUCUCUUGAUUCCCUGCUCAAGCAGCUUCACCCACUGGCCAUGGGACUUCUUCCUGUCCAUCGGUUGGUUUGUCGCCUUCGGUCUCCUCGUCAACCUUAUUGGCGACAGCUGCGGUUACAUCUUCGACUGGAACAACGUUUCGGUCAGGGGAGAUCAAUGCGGCAAGUUCAAGGCCGACAUGGCCUUCUCGUUCCUAGCUGCCAUCUGCUUCCUCGUCUCAGGCCUUAUUGGCAUUUUCUGGAUCCACCGCCACGAGCGCCGCGCCGCCGCCGCCCCUCCACGCCGUGGUUGGUACCGCCGCAACUACCGAGUCUAG